AUAAGUUUCAAAGAAAAUUCCUUAAGGUAUGACUUUCAUGAAAAGUAGUUGUUGACUUAGACUUCCUUUAAAAGCCACUACCUUUUCUUAAUGUGAUUGUAGAUCUAGUCUGAAAUUAGUUAUGGCUGUUCUCUCAAAAUUUGUUGAAGGACCAUCUUCUUCAUCUACUAAUAAUCAUAAAUAUGAAGUAUUUUUAAGUUUCCGAGGUGUUGAUACUCGUUAUGGUUUCACAAAUCAUCUCCAUAAGGCGCUCUUGGAUGCAAAUAUUUCCACCUUUUUGGAUGAUGAAGAGAUUAAAACUCGAGGAGAGCUAAAACCGGAAUUGGAGAGUGCAAUUAAAGCAUCUAGGGCUUUUGUUAUCGUGCUGUCCCAGAAUUAUGCUAGUUCCUCAUGGUGUCUUGAUGAAUUGGUACCGAUCCUUGAGCAACGUAUGAGAUCCAACCAAAUUGUUAUCCCUAUCUUUUAUCAUGUUGAGCCCACCCAUAUUGGGAAGCAAGAAAGCACCUUUGGAGUUGCAAUAGCUGAACACAAACAGAAGAUGGAGAAAAUGACAAAUGCAAAUAAAAGAAGUCAAUUGGCUCAAAAGAUUGAAGGAUGGACUAAUGCCCUUACACAAGUUGCUAAUUUAAAAGGGAUGUAUGCAAAGGGCAGAAAAGAGACAGAGUUUGUCGAAGAGAUUGUUAAGGACAUCUACCGUAGAUUACAUAAGAUGAUAAGUGAUCUGCCACAACUAUUUGGGAUGAGUGAUUCCAUUGAAUUCAUCACUUCAUGGUUGAAAGAUGAUUCCUCAGAAUCAUAUAGGGGAGGCAUUCUCACUAUUUUGGGUAUGGGUGGCACAGGGAAGACAGCUUUAGCCAAAUAUGUCUACCAGUUAUAUUUUCGUGAAUUUGACGCAACCUGCUUUAUUGAAGAUAUCGGUAGGACAUGUGACGCCAAAAAUAAUGGGUUGCUUGAUCUGCAAAAACAACUCGUUGAUGCCAUUUCAAAAAAAAGUUCAAUUCAAGUUUAUGAUGUUCCUGUAUACACCUCAAAGAUAGAGAAUGUAUUGGCCUAUAAAAAGUUAAAUGGAUCCUGCUCUAGAGAGAAAAAGUUGCUUGGAUCAUUGAAGAUUCUUGAUUUAAGUUUUUGUGAACAACUUCGUAGAGUGGGUGGCUUUGAUGAACUUCAUGCACUCUACGAAGUUGUUCACAGAAACUUAGGCAUAGAAGAAAGGGGCCAUCAAUAACAUUUACAAUCCCAGCAUCUCCUAACAAUCUCAGGGGAUUGAAUUUAUGCUUUGUGCAAACGUCUCAAUUUUCAAAUGAUAGUUUCCUAAAUUUGCCCCUGAUCAGAAUAAGUAAUAGAACAAAAAAACAGACAUGGAUAUACGAACAUUACAUUCAAAAGGUGAGUGUAGGUGGAGGGUGUGUAAUAUUGUUAAGCCAUUGGAUGUUUGGGAUGAAGGAAAUGAAAGGUGGUGAUAAGGUUACUAUUACUGUAAUAGAGGGACCAGACAAAGUUACAAAGGAGUGUGGGGUGAUGUUUGUGUAUGAAGAUGGUGAAGAAGAAGAUGUGUUGGGUUAUUACAAAUCAUGGAAUCACAUCAUUGGUGGACAUCUCACUGGAUUUCAGUUAACAACAGGACAAUAUAUUUUGCAGAAUGAGCGCUUUUUGGUGCAUGGUACUGAAGUAAAUAGAUAUUAUCGUCCACUUGUUGGUGAUGGUGCCAGCUUUGAAGACGAAGUGUGGUUUAGAGCUUUUUCCAGAAGGAAGUCCAACAUACUUGGCGACUCACAUGAGCAAGGAUCAAUACAAGGUGAAACUUCUUCCGAGUGCCGCCGCUCCAUCACCAUCCACCACCGGCUUCCCUCAGUCAAAUCCCAUCGCCGCCCCUCCCAACUAGUCAGAAGGCAGCCUUUGCUCCACCGCUUCCACUGGAAGAUUCUCCUACGCCGCACACGAAUGCGGAUCCAGAAGAAGCGUCGAGUGCAACGGCGGUGCCGCCGCCCCUCCAUCCACCGUCGCUGAAUUCAUACUUAAUGAAGCAACUUCUACUAAGUUAAUCUUGUCCGCAUGUGCCACCACGAGAAACACAAACUCAACACCUAUAUGUGCUACAAAGAAGGAAGUUCUGGUAAUUAUGUUGGACUAUUUAUAAACAUUUCUUUUGUUUUACUAGCUUGUGUCUCAAUUGUUUGUGGUUUGUUGUCAAAUUAUCGCGUGUUUCGUUUCUUCUUAAUAAAGAUUGUGUACCAAACCAAUCAAACAUCUCGAUUGCCAUGUUUCAAUGUAGUUUAAACUUCACCUGCC